UCGGUAACUCAGCCUACAUGACGUUACACACCGAGCCAUCACAUGGGCGGUUAUCAUAAACUGCUUUUUCUAUAUAUUCGCGGGGAUCUAUCUCAGAUCGUCGUGCCUACUACCUAGGUAGCUUAUCCUUUCUUCCUACUAUCCCUUAUACUCGUUUUUACGAAUACCCCGCUCCACCAUGUAUAGCCCAAUUCGUUCUGCUAUAAUCUCAAGUCUGUUGCUUCUCAGCUCAGUCACAGCACUUAAGCCUAAUGUAACCGCCGUUGCCGCUGUAGACGGACAUUCUACUAUCCAGUGCUGGCAGCUCGAUAACGAAUUUACUUCCAAGAAUGUCCUAAACCGGAGUAGCAUUUACUCGGCGGAUCUCGGCGGCGUCGCCAACUUAUCUUACACUUUCAUCCCGCCUAACUACGACCAAGGUGUCCACAGCGCACCAUUCAAUCAAUGGGUUAUUUUCAUUAAAGGAAUAGGUUUAAUCACUGUUCCUAAUGAUAACACUACCGCCUAUGUUGCUCCUGGUGAAACAGGCAUCGUAUUCGCUGCUGAUACUCCUGAUAUUACUUCCGACGGUCACCGGUCUCAGUAUCUCGGCGUUACGGAAUCGAUCAUCAUGCAAAUACCAGCCCUAAACAACCAAGUCCCGGCGCACACCGUAUUACACCCAGGAGGCUGCGUUACGUCUGAGAUGUCCGGUUUAUGGGAACUGGCCUUGGGUAUCUCGUCCCAGACUUGACUUCAACAUCUAUCAAAGUUGACAUCGAAUGACAGGGAGUUCAUAUAACCAACAGAAAGACAGCGGAAUUCUUUCGAUAGAUUUCAACCCCUUUUCAUUUAUUUACGGGCUAUGGGUUUGAAGGUGCAUCUGGACGCGCAUUUGGAAAAGAGGGUGUAAUUUUCGGAGGGUUGGUUUAACGGUAGCAUCGGGGAGUUCUUGGGACUUGAACUUUAUGAUCUGAUUUGAUUUACGAAAAUUAUCGAGGACGGUAGUUUGGGAAUAUGCAAGGGAACAGGAAUAUACUAUGUACCACCACUUCCGACCGAGGCCGGGAUAUUAUGUAGCUCAUGCCCCUGCAUUAACUAGUUUAAUAAACUAACAGACACCGGUCGAUGACUAAGUGUCUACUAGGAAGAGAGCUCCACAGACGAUAUGAAAUUGCCACUUAUAUCGGGCCUUAGGUCCUAAAUAUAUAUCUG